AUCGCAUCGCGUUGUCGAGAUGACUAGUCAGUAAGAGACGGCAGCUCCCAGGAUUCAGACGCGGUAUUUCUUCUGCGUUCUUUUGGCGUGUAACCGCGUACUUUCUAACGGGUCGCUCAUAAGGAGGGCGCUCAGCUGAUCAUCGCGAACGACGGCGAACCUCCGUGAGGUUACAACCGGCGCACGGUAGAUGGCUAUCGAUCUCAGACUACACCGACUCUCACAGAACUCGCGAUAUCCGAGUCGCUCAUUGAGAAGAGUAUAACCGGGUUAAUCAUGUUCUUUGUUAAGCUCACAGUCUUCUAUAUAUUCUACGUUGCAGCAACGAUGAACGGAAACAAGGAUUACACUUCGGCCACAUCGAUCUACGAUUUCACGGUCAAUUCUAUCAAGGGGGAGGAGGUCCCUUUGUCCAAAUACCGAGGUCACGUAUGCUUGAUCGUAAAUGUCGCUUCGAAAUGCGGCCUCACAGCUUCGAAUUACAAGGAGCUUAACGAACUGUACGAUGAGUAUGCCGAAUCGAAAGGUCUACGAAUUCUAGCGUUCCCCUGUAAUCAAUUUAACGGGCAAGAGCCAGGAAACAACGAGGAUAUUUGCAGUUUCGCUGAUCGUCAGAAAGUAAAAUUCGAUUUGUUCGAAAAAAUCGAUGUGAACGGAGAUAAAUCGCAUCCUCUCUGGGCGUAUCUGAAAAAAGAGCAGGGCGGCUGGCUCGGCAGUUUCAUAAAAUGGAACUACACCAAGUUUAUCGUCGACAAAGAGGGCAAGGUUGUCGAACGACACGGUCCUAAUGUGAAUCCGAGUAAGCUGAAGGGUUCUCUCGAAAAAUAUUUCUAAGAGAGAGAAGAAUCAUCUUUUUUUAUAUAAUUUUUUAAAAUUAAUAUUCUUUAUCGUUUAUACACGGAAUAUGAAAUUCAUAAUGUAUAGAUUCUGCGAUGCAGAUUUAUAUGAAAUGAAAACCUAUUUUUUAUUCCUUUACAAUAUACAUACAGUAAAAUAUUUUUGAAUUCUUCAAGUUUUAUUAUAUAAUAUAAAUGUACGAGUUGUUUAAGUCACUGAACAUUAAUAUCUUAUAUUUACACAUUUCGUCUCGUAUUCAUGAAUUGUAUUUAAAAUAAACGUGAAUAUUAUUAUUAUAUAUAUAUAUAGCUUUAUUUUUAUUAUAAAACUUAUUCAGAUUAUUGAUAUUAAUUUCUUGCUUCUAGUUUUACUUUUUACAACAGUUAACAUUAACAAUUGCAUUAAUUUGUAUCUAUCUUGUAUAACACGGGGUUAUUUUGUGAUGUCGUAGAAGAAUAAAAAUAUGUUAAUUCACAUGG